AUGUCUUCCCCCGACUGGCUAAACAAAGGCAACAAUUCAUGGCAACUCGCCGCUGUCACUCUCGUCGGCCUUCAAAGCGUCGCUGGCCUCGUCAUCAUCUACGGCAGCAUCGUCAAGAAGAAAUGGGCCGUCAACUCCGCAUUCAUGGCUCUCUACGCAUUCGCCGCCGUCGUCCUCUGUUGGUCAAUUUGGGCUUUCCGCCUCUCCUUCGGCAUUCCGCUUCUCCCUUUCUUGGGCCGUCCGGAUGUCGCCGUACUCACUAAUAGCUACAUCACCUCGCCAGGCUUCGCCGGAUUGUAUCCGGCCGUAAUGCUCGUUUACUUUCAAUCGGUGUUCGCGGUGAUAACCCUAAUUUUGAUCGCCGGCGCGUUGCUCGGCCGGAUGAAUUUUAGGGCUUGGAUGCUAUUUGUGCCAUUGUGGCUUACUUUUUCGUACAGUGUUGGAUGUUUUAGCUUAUGGAGUCCGAAUGGGUUUUUGUUGAAGGCGGGGGUGAUGGACUUUGUCGGAGGAUAUGUUAUUCAUCUUUCGUUUGGAAUUGCAGGGCUUACUGCGGCUUAUUGGACGUACGUAGAGCUACGUUCGUCCGACACUGAGAUCAUGCCACGUAGCAAGCACAAACGAGAAAUACCGAGCGCUCCGUACUCCGCCAACAUCGACGCCUCCGUCGCCAUCCUAAACACCCACAUUUGCACCUCCACCAACCUCCUCAUCUGGCUCUACCUCGACAUCUUCUUCUUCGGCAAACCCUCCGUCAUCGGCACCGUUCAGGGCAUGAUCGUCGGCCUCAUCACCGUAACCCCCGCCGCCGGCCUCGUUCAGUCCAGCUCCGCCGUCCUCAUCGUCGUCUUCUCUGGCAGCAUUCCUUGGUUCACUAUGAUGGUUCUGCACAAACGCAUUCGCGUUUUGAAAAAGAUAGACGACACGCUCGCCAUCCACACGCACGACGUCACGGGGGCGCUGGGCGGGCUGUUGACUGGCGACCCGAAGCUCACCAAGUUGUUUUUUGGGGAUGAUCCGAAAUUCAUCGGGCUGGUUUUCGGGUUGAAGGAUGGGCGGGUUUGGGCCGGGUUGAGGCAGAUGGGAAUGCAGGUGGUGGGGAUACUGUUUGUUGGUGCUUGGAAUGUGGUGGUGACGACGGCGAUAUGUGUGGUGAUUAGGAUGGUGGUGGCGCUGAGGCUGAGGGAGGAGGAAUUGGUGGUGGGAGAUGAUGCCAUACAUGGAGAGGAUGCGUAUGCGGUAUGGGGGGAUGGGGAGACAUAUGAGAGGUCUGUUCAUGGGCAUGAGGGGUUUGAUGGGGUUAAGGAUGAGGAGAUGAUGUGAUUGAUUGAUGGAUGGUUGAAUUAUUCCGUGCGGAGUCGGACGGGAAGUUUUCAUUCGGACUGUGAGUGUACAUACUAUGUACAAAAUAAAUAGUGGCAUAUAAUUUGAACCAAAGUAUGUAUGAAAAUUAUACUCAAUGUACACUCAUAUUCUGGAUGGGAACUUUCUAUCUGGAUUUUGCUGGGAAUAAUUUCUUGGGAGAUGGGGAGUAUCUUUAAUGAUUUAUUUUUUAUAUUAUUUCAUUUAUUUUAUGCGUGUAAUUAAAUUUUUUAUAGUUUUGUUUGUGAAGUUUGGAAUUUAUGAUGGUUUAUAAAUGAGUAUGUUAAGUAAAGGAGUGGUUUUUAUAUAUGUCAUAAAACUGUUAUGUAUUUGUAUUUUUUUAUAGGUCUUUGUGUAAUGUCUUGAAAAAUAAUUUUAUAAUUCUGGUAUUUAGAAAAUUAAGGGUAUUAUUUGCAAAAUUUUAUUUUAUUUUACAUUUUUUAUUAUGACUCUUGUAUUAUUGUUCUAAUUUGUCAUUUGUAUUAUGAUUCUUGUAUGAUAUGACGAAGGGAGACAAAGCUCUUACCUUCUUGGCUAAGCCAAGUUACAUCUUUAACAUAAAUAAUCAAACCAUUAAACCUUCACCAAUCAAUCAAUUGUAUUAUCUCAUCACCAUUAAUCCUAAUAAAACCUCACACUCAUGAAUAUUUAUCUUAUACACACUGCCAUUCUAAUUACCAAAAAUACCCCCAUCAUCACAACCUUAAUCAAAACAAGAACAAGCAGAAUCCCAACUAAUUGUGUUCCUAUAUGCAUAAAACCAACCCUAACACCCCCAUUCUUAACCAUAUAAAUCAACUCAAUAUAUUUCAAUUCAACCCCAAUGAGAUACUAAGUCAAAUUAGGGUUGAUGAGCAAAGCCCAACAUGGGGCCCUAGUUGGGUACCACGUUUUGCUCGAACGGGCUCAUCCCACCUACACCCACCCAUGGUGACUUUCUUACUACUUUUUGAAGUAGGUUUAAAAUAAAAAAAAAUUUAAUUUUUGUACUAAAAAUUAUUUUAAAAAGCAACAAAAACUAAUCAAUUGAAACCUGAUGCUAGUCCUCUUUCUGAAUGAGCUGAAAAGAAUUAGGCUGUUGUUCCUUGGAAAUAAUAUAUAGCAACAAGCAUAAAAGGGUGGCUAGCAACAACACUCAUAACACCAACCUGAAAAAGCAAUCGCGAUGAAAUGCACACAAUUGAACGAAUAUCGACGAACUGGCCAGCUCAAUGCGUGGACUAGAGCCGACCAGGCUAAAGUGGGUUGACCCAUAAUCAACUUCGAUUUCUUUUGGGACGGCUUUCUUACUGUUUCUUAAAGCAACUUUCUAGUGCAAAAAUUAAAAUUUUUGUAAUAGAAAACUGCUUUAAGCAGCAGUAAAAAAACUGUCCCAAAAGAAAUCUAAGGCUUCGUUUGAGACUGCUUUCUUACUACUUAAAACAAUUUUUUAAUUAAAAAAUUAAAACUUUUGUACUAGUAGUAGGAAAGCCAUUCCAAACGAAGCCUAAAUAACAGACAGAAACAGAGAUGAAUGCACGCACAAACCUGCAGGAAUCCCCAUUCCAUCAAACAUAUACACUAUCAUUUGGGAAACAUCUAGUAGAUUCUCUGCCAUGUAGGAGCAAUACAAUCAUUGUCAUGCACUAUUGUAUAAUGUGAUAGAUAGGACAUUUGGUAUAUGAAAAGAGAGAUUCCGAGAUGAUUUCCUUAAUGAUUUAGGCUAACAUUAUACUCGCUUGUGUAGUCUUGCACAAUCUCAUUGGACACUACCAUGGGAAUGAUAUGACUUUAAUAUAUCACAAACUGAAAUACAUCAUAAUAGUGAUUUGGGUGAAGUUCAAGUCCAUGACGAAGACCCAAACUUACAUGGAAGAGCUAGAGAGACAAUACAAAGUGACACCUUCAAGCAUUCAAUCGCAACUAGUGAUGCCGUCGCUGGAUCUCCGAUGAACCUGUAUGAAAGAAUUGCAAGCCAAGCAAUGGAACAGGGAAACGGAGCGGUAUGCUCCUGUAUUUCGUAUAUUUGAUAACUGGUAAAAAGUUGUCUAACAAGCUCUAAGCUAUGCUCUCCUAUAUGUAUAUUUUCUAUUGCUGUAGCAAUAAAACAGAAAAUACUAUAAAAGUAAAAGGCAACAUUAAAGCAAACUAUUGGAGCAGAAAUAAGAAAUGGAAUAUGCGGUAGUGGAUGGCGUAUCUGGUAGUUAGUCCCGGUUGUGGUAUGCCGCAGGAGCACUAUACUGCAUCAGUUUGUAUUGUCGAAAGGUACAAACUGGUGGAAACUGAAAUUUUAUUUUAAUCAUAUCAUACGAUGUGCAUCAUACUGUACGAUAUGCAUUAUAUUGUAUGAUAUAUGAUAAUCAUGCUUAAAUUAAUCCUAUGACUAGGAGAAUAAUUAUGGCUAAUUUGUUCGAUCAAAUCGUACAGGACGAUUGGUGACGAUCAUACUGUACGACACGAGCGAUGCAUGGGAUGAUAAUUUAUUGUCGACUAUCGUACAAUAUAAAAUACUAUAAUUUUUCAACUAAUCGUACAGGACGAUCCCUCAAUUUCUAUUGUAUGAACCAAGUGCUGCAAGGGAUAAAGAUUUAUCGUCGCCAAUCGUAUUAGACGAUCAAUACAAACUCUUGAAAUUAAAGUAUAUAACAAUGCAAUUCGUAAUAUCUAAAAUUGCUAUUUUGUACUAAUUAUAUAAGACGGUCGUAAGAUUUUACUAGACAAUCUUAAUCAACAGAUUAAAAUAUAAGGCUUUUUGAGAGUCUCUCUAUUUAAACUCUCACUAAGACUUAUUCAACAAACUUUUUGUUUCUAUGUGUCUUGAGAGGGAGCAUAGAGAAGGAGAUUAAUAGAGCUUUGGGAGAGAAAAAAGGGAAGUGCUUUUUGUGAGGGAUUCACAAGGUUACUCAAAGUAAGGUUCUUGCAUGUAUUCUUCAAGUCUCUAUCUUAAUUCUUUGGUGAUUUCGGGGAUACAUUCUAUGACACUUGGUUGGAAUUCUCUGGCAUCACUUGGAGGGUGAAAAAUGAUUCAAUGUACUCCACCUUCUCCUAAAAAGAGAAAAAGCUUCAAGGUACGCUGCAUUCAUUAAGAGGGUGAAAAAAGAUUUCAGGUUCUCUACCUUCACUAAAAGGGUGAAAAAUGAUUCCAGGUUAUUUGCUUCACUAGGAGGUGAAAGAGUAAGGUCCUCUACCGCAUCGAGUUGGUGGAAGAGAUUUUGUAAGGACUUCUCAGCCUAGCUAUGGGGGCUGAAGGAGAGUCACUAAUUGUUUAGUGCAAUGCUCAGGGGAGGACU